CGAAGCAAACAAACAGACCGGAGAAAAAGACGGAAGGCAAAAGAAAAGAACAAAUUGCUUUCAAUCUUUCGAUAUCAGAAUAAGACCAAUAAAUUAAUGUUCAAGUAAUUGUUUGAUCAUUGCUCAAACUAAAUAACAUUGCUUUCCCGUACUUUCCCCACUACAACUAAACGUCAUGAUUCAAAAUUCUCAUUGGAGAAUUUUCUGUUUCUUCCUCUCUCUGCUCAAGCAGGAAAUCUCUCUUUCUCACAAUGCAUUGAAAUGAAAACCCAAGACAUUUCUCCAAGAUUCAUUAUCCUUUCUAUCUGGGGUUAUCUAAAUAUUAAAGAAAAAUGUCUUUCUUUUUUGGUAUGUUCGUUGGACUCACCAUUGGUAUCGGGUUGAUCGUUGCUUUUGCCCGAUAUGAGAAGAUCCGAUCCUCUCGUCGAGCUCAUCUGGCAAAGACGGUUGCUUCAUUUGCGAGGAUGACAGUGCAAGAUUCAAGAAAAAUCCUACCAAAUCAGUUUUAUCCACCUUGGGUUGUCUUUUCUCAGCGCCAGAAGUUAGUUUGGCUUAAUCUCCAGCUUAAAAAGAUUUGGCCAUUUGUUGACGAGGCAGCAUCAGAGCUAAUAAGAACGAGUGUUGAGCCAAUUCUUGAACAAUAUACACCAGCUAUCUUAUCGUCUAUGAAGUUUGCAAAGUUGACUCUUGGUACGGUUGCACCACAGUUUACAGGUGUUUCCAUCAUUGAGACCGAAAGUGGUGCUGGGGGAAUCACCAUGGAAUUGGAGCUGCAGUGGGAUGGUAACCCAAAUAUUGUGCUUAAUAUUAACACCAGAGUCGGUGUUGCCCUGCCUGUGCAGGUAAAAAAUAUAGGAUUCACUGGGGUUUUCAGGUUAAUCUUCAAACCACUUGUUGAUCAGUUUCCUUGUUUUGGAGCUGUUUGCUAUUCCUUGAGAGAAAAGAAAGAUCUUGAUUUUACACUUAAAGUUGUUGGAGGUGAUAUAUCAACAAUUCCUGGGGUUUCUGAUGCUAUUGAGGAAACCAUUCGGAAUGCUAUUGAAGAUUCCAUAACAUGGCCUGUUCGGAAAAUUAUACCCAUAUUACCUGGGGAUUACAGUGAUCUGGAGCUGAAACCUGUUGGAACAUUAGAUGUGAAGCUUGUGCAAGCCAAAGACCUAACAAAUAAGGACAUCGUUGGGAAAUCUGAUCCUUUUGCUGUCUUAUUUGUGCGUCCACUUCCAGAUAAAAUGAAAACCAGUAAAACCAUUAAUAACCAACUGAAUCCAAUUUGGAAUGAGCACUUUGAGUUCAUUGUAGAAGAUGCAUCCACUCAACACUUAACUGUAAGAGUCUUUGAUGAUGAAGGAGUUCAGGCCGCUGAAUUUAUUGGUUGUGCUCAAGUGGCAUUGAAGGAUCUUGAGCCUGGUAAAGUGAAGGAUAUAUGGUUGAAACUGGUCAAGGAUUUGGUGGUCCAGAGAGACACUAAAUACAGGGGUCAGGUACACCUUGAGCUCCUUUACUGUCCUUUUGGCACAGAAAGCAGCUUUAAGAACCCAUUUAACCCUGAUUUCUCACUGACAUCAUUGGAGAAGGCUCUUAAAUCAAUAACCAUUGAAACGGAAGCUGCUGACCUCGAAAGAGCAACAAGUCAAAGAAAAAGAGAUGUCAUUGUUAGAGGAGUGCUAUCAGUGACAGUUAUAGCAGCUGAAAACUUGCCAGCAGUAGAUUUUAUGGGAAAGGCAGACCCUUAUGUUGUCCUCAUAAUGAAGAAAUCUGAAACAAAAGCCAAGACAAGGGUUGCUAAUGAGACCUUGAAUCCAGUUUGGAACCAGACAUUCGACUUUGUUGUGGAGGAUGCAUUACAUGAAAUGUUAAUUUUGGAAGUCUGGGACCAUGACACUUUUAAGAAGGAAAAAAUUGGGAGAUGCCUCAUGACACUCACUAGAGUCUUAUUGGAAGGGGAAGUUCAAGAAUGUUUUCAAUUAGAUGGGGCUAAAUCAGGAAAGAUUUUUAUCCAUCUAAAGUGGAGUCCACAGUUAGUAUUCCGUGAUGCUUGACUGCCAAGAAACAAUGAAAAAUUUU